UUGGCGUCACUCCCCACCAUUUCCGCUAACACUCUUAUUCAUAAAUGACGAGCCCUACACGAAAGCAGCGAUCGAGCUUAUCAUCGACACCCCUAACCCCAACCGUAACCCCGGAGCGUAAUGGAGAGCGGAGGAGGAGGAGGAUGUGGAGGGGCGAAGCGGUGGGGGUUCCGGCCCAACGCCGCGGCGGCGAGCGCGGCGACGUGGAGCGUUCGCGGGACCCUCAACAAGAUCCGCGCCGCCGUCCCCGCCGGCGACGCGCGCGUGGCGAUCCCCCUCGGCAACGGCGACCCCUCGCUCUUCGCCAGCUUCCGCACCCCAGCCGCUGCCGAGGACGCCGUCGUCGCCGCAGUUCGCUCUGCCCAGUUCAACUGCUACGCCCCAGCCGUCGGCAUUCCCUCCGCGAGAAGUGCUAUUGCCGAAUACCUCUCUCGCGAUCUUCCUUACAAGCUUUCUUCUGACGAUAUAUUUGUAACCGGAGGAUGCACUCAGGCCGUUGACGCCGUAUUCUCAAUUCUUGCCCGUCCCGGAGUGAAUAUCUUGCUUCCGAUGCCUGGAUUUCCUUUGUACGAGGCACGAUCUGUCUUCAGUGGUAUCGAUGUUCGUUAUUUCGACCUUAUCCCGGAGAAAGGGUGGGAGAUUGAUCUCGAAGCCGUGGAAGCCCUUGCGGAUGAGAAUACGGCCGCGAUGGUCAUUAUUAACCCCAAUAACCCUUGUGGAAAUGUGUUCACUUACCAGCACUUGGCUAAGGUUGCUGAGACCGCGAGUAAGCUUGGCAUUAUGGUUAUUGCUGAUGAGGUAUAUGAUCAUUUGGUCUUUGGAAGUAAUCCUUUUGUGCCAAUGGGAGUUUUCGGAGAGACGGUUCCGGUCGUCACCUUGGGUUCUAUAUCUAAAAGAUGGGUGGUGCCCGGUUGGCGACUUGGUUGGGUCGCAAUAUGCGAUCCUAAGGGCAUUCUAAGAGAAACUAAGGUUGUGGAUUCUAUAGCAAGCUAUCUUAACAUUUCAACAGAUCCUGCGACUUUCAUUCAGGGAGCAAUUCCUCAUAUCCUCGAGAAUACGAAGGAAGAUUUCUUUAAUAAAAUUAUUGCUCUCUUAAGGGAGACAGCAGAUAUAUGCUACAAUGCAAUAAAGGAGAUCGAAUGUAUUACUUGUCCUCACAAGCCAGAGGGUUCUAUGUUUGUUAUGGUGAAGCUGAAUAUAUCUUGUUUGGAGCAUAUACAUGAUGAUGUUGACUUCUGCAAAAAACUGGCCGAAGAAGAGUCGGUGAUAAUCCUGCCAGGAAGUGCAUUGGGAAUGAAGAAUUGGCUUCGCAUCACUUUCGCCAUUGAUCCAUCUUCUCUUGUAGAUGGUCUUGGCAGGCUUAAAUCCUUCUGCCGGAGGAAUGCAAAGCUGAGGAAUUGAGUGAAUAACUUGUUCAAUAAGAGCUAAUAAAGAGGUGAUCUGCAGCUUCCCGUUGGGUCUCUCUAUCUCUCUCUCUUAGAAUUUGUUGUUGUGUCUUGUCAUUUGGAGUUGCUAUGUACAAUGAACUAAUAAAGAGGUGAUCUGCAAUUUCCAGUUGAGUCUCUCUAUCUCUCUCUUAGAAUUUGUUGUUGUUUAUUGUAAUUUGGAGUUGUUAUGUACAACGAACUAAUUUGUGGCA